GAGGGGGUGAGCGAGCACGGGGGUCUACUAACUCAUUCUCUAGUCUCCUCUUCUGUUAAAGGGACAGUCUGCUUUUUCUGUCAGGAUGUCUGAAAAUGACUCAGCAGGAAAUAACCUGGUGUCUGUGGACUUCGAGAUCUUCGGUCAUGUUCAGGGAGUCUGUUUCAGAAUGUACACAGAGAAGGAGGGUCUGCGGCUCGGCCUGGUUGGCUGGGUGAAGAACACCUACAGUGGGACGGUGGUGGGACAGGUGCAGGGUCCGGCUGGCAUGGUGGAGGAGAUGAAGGUGUGGUUGAGUAAAGAAGGAAGUCCUUCCAGUCGCAUCACCAGAGCCUCCUUCACCAACCAGAGAAGCAUCAACAAGCUGGAGAUGUCUGGCUUCAAGACUCGCUUCUGACCAGCUCAUCAAAUGUAACCUGAGGAGCCUCUGUUCCUGACCCCAGUGCAGCAACACUGACAGUUGUCUUUGGUGUUCAUUCUGAAUCAUAGCUUACCAUUGUGAUCUCAGCUUUGAUGUUAUAUCUAUGCUUUUAUCAAUUCAGUGAAUGAAGACUUUCGUAUGAUGUCCUGGAGUUACAGUUUCAAAAUUAAAUUCUUUACAGGCUCAACAUGUGCUAUCAGAUAAAUCUAUAUUUCAUCAAGGUGUCAUUGGUGGGAAAUGUAACAGUUAUCUUGAUUUAAUUGAUGCAUCUAUGCCAAUAUCUAAAACAACCCACAGCUGUAAUAUCCACUCUGUGUAUAAAUAAUGUGAUUAUAGCAUUUUGUUACAACUCUUAUCAUUUACUUUUUUAAAUUAAGAUUAGUUAUCUGUUCAGUGUAACUCAAGGUUGAGUUGAAUUAAAUGAAGUGACUACUGAAUCCAUUUUUCUCAUUUUAUGCAGAGAAUAUCAGAAAAUACCUACAUUUCUUGGACAAGCCUGUUUUAUGUAGUGUAUCAUUUACUCUACAGUCAA